UGAUGUCGCCAGUUGUGGACGAGACAGCCGGGGAUCUCCCAGUCAGAGAUGUGGGACUGAUGAGGGGGGGGCUUAUGCCAACUGUCCCAGAUACUCUACGUGAUGUAAAGCCAUGGAAGAAGCAUCCUGUCAUAAAGACAAAAGAUCCUCAGCGCCUGUUUCGCUUUCCCAGAGAGCACCUUGAGGAUCUAUGUCUGCGGCUGCAGGAGGAGAACAGUGUGCUGAGGCAACACACACGUACACAGGAGCAGAGGCUACGCAGGAUGUCCACCAGACUCAUGCGUCUUCGUCAGGCCUGUCCUGGCUCCAGUGGUGUGAAGGAGAGGGACAUGGAGGACACCAUACAGGAGCUGGAAGCUUGCGUGGCUAUGCUGGAGAGCCAGAAAGGGGUGCUACAAAACAAACUCAGCCUGGCCAAGCAGCACAUUAUGGACCUAGGGGGACGCACACCAUACAAGUUCAACAAAGGUAAAAGUAUGGAAGUGGAGGGCUCAGUCAGGAGGGCAGCCCAGACAGCCCCACCCCGCUAUGGCCCCACGAUGGAAGACAACAGGGCAGAGAUGGAGAGAUUCAGGUCCAGUGUGUCAGAGCAGGUGAGGGUGGCAGAGCUGGAGCUGACUGCCCAGGCCCUCAGAGACACACUGAGAGAGAAAGAGAAAGAGAUAGAGGGAACCGUGAGAGAGAUAAGGAAGCAACAGGCCGACAGACACAGAAUAACUAUCAGAGAGAAUGUGGAUUUGAUUCGUCUACAAAAGCAGCUUUCAGACAAGAGCACCACCCUGAGAGUUACGCAGGAGAAGUUCAAUGACCUACAAGAAGCAUAUGAGAAUCAGCUAGAAGAGAGUCAGAGGUCACUGAGGGAAAGUCAGGGGGCUCUGCUGGAGAAAGUGGAGGAGCUGACUGAACAACUGAAGCAGGAGAGACAGAGAGCGCUGGCCCUGGAGGGACAACUUUCCACUGCUACCCUGUCUCUGCAGACCCUGGACAAGCUCCAGGAGAGGAUAUCAGACCUGGAGGGAGAGAGGGAUCUGAUAAAAGAAAAUUAUGACACUCUGCUAGAGAGUACUUUGUCUGCUCAAAGAAACCAUAACGGCCAUGUGGAAAAACAUCGCAAAGUGGACCAGAAGAGUGCGGAGGUGGGGGAAAACUUCUGCAGGCUGGAUAUCCGGAGACUGGAGGAAAUACUGCAAGCAGAGAGGGAGGAGAGAGGCAGACUGGAGCUGGAGAAAGAGAAACUCAGACAAGAGAAGGAGGCAUUAGAAGAGCAGAGAGACCGAGAACGAGAGUUUUCUGUGAUGAUGAGAGACAAACGAGAUGAUCUAGAACGGGAGGUACUCAAGUACAGAGAGCAGGUCCCUGCUCUGCAGGACAGACUGGACUCUGUCACUAAGGAAUUCGACAUGAGUGUUGAGGAGCUCAGUGAAACUCUUUUGCAGAUCAAGGCAUUUAGGAUGCAGCAGGAGAGCAGGGAGGGUCUGCGUUUCCUCUGGGCUGAUGGGAAGGUGGAGAAUAUACCCAAUGAGCUGGUAAACAUACAGGCAUCGCAUGCUGAGACUGUGCUGGAGUUACAGAAAACCAGAAACCUUUUACUGCUGGAGCACCGAAUCAGUAAAGACCUGCAGGAAGAGUUGAACACAGUCAGCCACAAGAUGGAAAGAGAGAGGGAGGAGAGCAGGAGGAGGAUGGCAGAGAAAGACAAACUUUUAUCAAAAAGAACACUUCAGAUCAACACUUUGGAUGCCCAGUUGAAAGAGUUAGCGUACAGCCCCAGGAACUACAAACGGACUAUACCAAUACAGUACACCUGGCCAGCUGGAGAUCAGGAGGUGGUACAGCCCAUUGAAGAUGACAUGUCUUUUUCUCAACUGAGAGCUGGGGAGUCACUGCUGGAGAUCCACCUUAAGGCUGCCACCUUCACUCCAGCAGGGCUUCGGAUUAUGGGCAGGAUCCGUGCAGGAGUGGAGAGUGGUGAGGACAUCGUGACCUUCUGCACCUACAGCCUCUUGGACUUUGAGGUGCAUUCCACUCCUCUUGUGUCAGGCAGUCAGCCCAACUACGGCUUCACAUCCCGCUACGCUCUAACAGCCCGCGAUCUGGGCAUGCUGGGAGGCCAGGGGUCAAGGGUCAGAGUGGAGCUCCACCAGGCAUUAGGAGGGGUCAGGUUCGUAACACAUGGAAGUGGGCAGAUGUCCCUCAUUGGUGCCACGGAGAGGAGAGCGGAGCGCAUUGGUGGACAUGUCAAUAUCACAGGCCCUGAAGCUGAAAUUGUUGGUGUUGUGGAUUUCUGGGUGCGCCUGUUCCCUCCUGCAGAGCCCAUGGACACUGUGGUAGAGAAAUCAGCUGAAAGGAGAACAGGGACACAGAGGAGGCCUAUGCAGAUCCUUCAUAGCUGGCAAGACAGUGGUCAUGAGGAGUUACAUGACUACGGUGGAGGGAUCCCCAAUGAGUUGGUGGUUAUGUUGGAGCGUUGUGUGGGCCUCAGUGCUCGCUUCCCAGGACUACUUCCUGACGCCUACCUGACUUACAGGUUCUAUGACCUGCCGCCACACGUCUCUCAAACAGUCCAGUGCACUGCUGACCCGGUGUUCAGUGAUACCACCAGCUACCCACUAGCAGUAACAACUGAUGUGUUGCAAUACUUCAGGUCUAGUAGUCUCUGGGUGUAUGUCUUCGAUGACAGCGAUGACCAGAUACCACCAGCCUAUCUGGCCAAGACCCCUAUCCCACUGCGAGCCCUGGCUACAGGCAGGGAGAUCAGAGGUGACUAUGUUCUGAGGGAUCCAGCUGGUGGACCUCGGGGCAUGGUCAGAGUCAUAAUAAAAUGGAAGUACCCCUUCCAGCCACCGGCGGAUGACUCGCUGGGUAGACAGGGAAGACAGGCCAGACCAAUGGUUAGCACUGAGAGGGAGGAGAGGAGGAGGGAAGAGGCUGAGGUGUCACAGAGGCCCAUAGCCAAGCCCAGAGUGAAGACUCAGCUACUUGAGCCAAAGGAAACCAAAGCAGUGCAGAAAGAGACAAAAGCCCUGCCUCGGCCUCCAACUGUCAAACAUAAGAGCUCACAAAACAUACGACCAGAGCAAAUAACCUCUGUGAAACCUCUGGACACAAAUCGGUCCACAGACCGGAAGAGCUCCACCAAGAGGUCACCUGACUUUUACCAGGGCACACCUCGGAUGAUAUCUGAGCCAAGACUGACCACACCCUCUCAUUUACCAGCUAGCAAAUUUUCAGAGGGAACGUCUCCCAGACAGUCACCAGCCACACUGUCGAGAAGAAGCUCUGCCAGCGAUGCCAGGACUCAGGACCUUCUCUCUGUGGAUCAGGUGUCAGCAGAUGAAGAGGAGGAAGAAGAGGGGAGGAGUGAGAGUGCUGCUGCAGGAGACAGUGAAGCCCCUGGGUCUUCAGAGUCAAGUUCCUCACAAAGCGUCAUAAUCGUCAUUCCACCUAAACGAAAAAUGAGAAAGGGAAACAAGCUGAGAGUCGAGAUUCUGUCCCUGGCGUUUGAACCGUCCUCACGCGUGGCACUAGACGAGUCGGUGCAGCGUGUUUAUGUGGAAUAUCGGCUGCUGGGCGUCCCCAUGGAGACGACCGAAACACCAAUGUCCCUCCGCAAACCCACAGAGGGAGAGGAGAUCCACUACAACUUCACACGAGUGAUCUAUGUGGACGGUUCACAGUCAGCUCCGCUCAGACAGUAUCUCUACACCAUGCUGGAGGGCACUGACCCCAACCAGGGCAGGUUAAAGUUCACAGUAGUCAGUGAGCCUAUGGACGAUGAUGAAGAGUGUGUGGAUGUCGGACACGCUUUUCUGGACCUACAAGAAUUACUGCUUACAGGAAAUGAUGUCAUUGAACAACAGAUUGACAUCAUGAGUAUGGAUGAAGACAAGGAGGUGAUAGGAAAUCUGAAAGUGUCUCUAGAAGCAGCAAAAGCUCUGACAGGGAUAUACCAGGAGUAUCACCAGAAAGAUGAGACCACGAGAGAAGACAAGACAGAUGAAGAAGAAGAAGAGGAGGAGGAGCAGAGGGAAGAGGAGGAGCAGGAGGAAGAGAAGAAAAAAGAUCAGAUACGAGUGAUAGAUUAUGAUGAUGAUGACAGUGACUUCUACUGAAAGUAAAAAGUAUGAGAUGAACAGAUACAAGUUGUGUUCUGUAUGAAACAGUUUUGAGCACACAGAGGAGCCGUUCUCUCCCUGUUCGAAGCCUCUUCUUC